CCAACUUUGCCUUAAAAACGCGUAUUUCUUUUCAAAACACAUGGACCACACUGUAUGCUCUUUUUUCCUCUCCCCAUUCAUGAUUCAGCUCGCUCUCUCUCUCGCACCAUUUGCGCUCUCUUUUUACAACAUAAAGAAAAUACCAACCAUUGUGAAUGAUUUCCAUUCGUACACACAUAUAUAAUACAUUGGCGACUUUUUAGUUGGUGGUACUCUAAAAAUGCAAUAAAUGUACAACAAUUAAACGAGAGAAAUCGUAAUACACUACCCCAAUGGAUGUGUGGAAAUAGUGAACCUGCUGCUGGCCAGUGUGGAAGGUGACAAUUAUGACAGCAGCGCUAGAAGAAAUCAUUCUCAACGAAAAGAAAAGCAAAAAGUCAAAGAAUCCACCAAUAAGAAAAUAAGAGGAGGAAGUUUAUUUUUGGAUAAAUGUAGUGAACAAGAAAAAACAAAAGAAGAAAAAAAAAACAGCUAAAUGUGAGAGUGAAUGAAUGAAUGAUAGAAUAAGUAGAUGUUGUUAAAUGCUUGGUGGAAUAAAGUAGUUUUUUUUUUUUUUAAAGGCAAAUUUAAAUUGCAAGUUAACAAAAAUAACAACAACAACAAAAUAGAAGAAGAAAAAGAAAAACAAAGCAAGUGUUGUUGUUCCUAGUGAGUGCGGUAGCGGUGUUGGCGGUCAUGGAAAACGAACGUUUACGUAUCACCUUGGACAAACCCGAUAAAGUUUACAUAGCUGGCCAAACUAUCAAGGGGGAGAUAUGGCUAAAUCUAACCAAACGUACCAAAAUCAGAGCCAUCAAAGUCCAAAUAACAGGCAAGGGAAAAUGCAAAUGGAUGGAAAUCUUGCGUAAAAACUCGAAUUCCAACAAUGAAUCGACACGCAGUCUCUUCUAUUCGAGCAAAGAAAUCUAUGCCCACAAUGAAAUACCCUUAUCGGUAUUUGAGCCACGAGGCAUUGAACUAAGUCCCGGAGAGCAUACAUUCGAUUUUUCCAUGCCAUUGGAAUGGAAUUUACCUUCGAGUUUUAAAGGUAGUCAUGGAUCAAUUAAAUAUAAACUACGUAUACUCAUACAAAGGCCAUGGUCUUUCGACGAACGCCAUUCAAUACCGGUUACGGUAAUGAAGAAUAUGCCCUUACCACCUAUGUAUCGCUUGCAGCCUACACCCUUGGAAAAGCAAAUUACCAAAACCAUUAGCCUUUUUGGUUCACGACCCAUUACCAUGUUGGCUUUGUUGCCGGAAGAUUUUGCUGUGCGGGGAGAACCCUUAAGGAUAUGUGUUACCGUCACCAACAACAGUGGCACCAAUGUGGAAAAGUUACGCUUUUGUGUGCUCCAAUAUAUUUGCUAUUACAGCCACCUGCCAUUGCGGGUCCAAAAGGUGGAAAUAAUCCCGGUGGCAAAUAAAGAAACCGGUUCGGUACACAAGAAAAGUGAACGUUCCUUUGCCCAUGAAUUGUUGAUACCCGAAACGGUGCAACCCAGCGAUGAUGAGCUAUCGGGUGUAAUAAAUAUUUCCUAUGAACUAAGGGUGGAGGCCGUCCUGAGGGGCUUCUUUAAAAAUCUUGUAUUAAAUAUGCCUUUUAAAAUGUACACCAAUGAGACUGAGGCGUCGGUGAGAAGACCACCCCAACCCCCAAUGCCACCGGAAGGUGGCGGUGGCGUACCGCUAAAUAUGAGCGGGGCAGGUAAUCCUUUUGAAACUUCCACGGUAACAAUGUAUCCACCAUUGGAUAAUUCCAUUGGCUCGCCAUCACACUCCUCACAGUAUAGCAGCGAAUCAAGUUCACUGCAUUCCACAACAUCCGAUUCAUCGGCAGCUACCCUUAGUCCUGCUGUGGGUGGCACGGCUCUCUCCUACACUUCGGGUUCUUCGUCACAAUUCAAUAGUCCCCUCAAUCGGGCUAGCAUACGUAGCAAUACCAAUGUACCAUAUAUGCCUUAUUCAAGUAGUCCACUCAUGAUUAGUUCAUAUCCACCGCCAGCUGCACACAUGCCACCAUAUCCAUUGUCCGAUUCACCACAGUAUAGCUUAAUGCCACAGGCCAAUAAUCAAUUGACACCAAGUGCAACACCAACACCACCACCGCCAACGGCAGCCACAGCGCAGAUAAGUGCACACUAUGCCUCGGUGUCGUCAUCGACAUAUAUGGCAAUGCGACCACCACCGGGAGCCCAUGAAUUACCUCCUUCCUAUGAAGAACUUUUCGGCAAUGCCACAGCACCUCCAGAAACACCCAAAUGAGAGCAGGCUUUUUAUUUCUUCUAAACAAGAAAAGGAGGAAAAGCAAAAUAAACGAAAGAAUGAUGCAUUUAAUCAUCCUCGGCAUGACAUUUUUGAAAACAAAAAAUCAUUAAAAUAACAGAGUUACUAGACCCACCCUCCUACCCCUUCGCAGGACAAGUAAGGGAUACAUUACGAUUCAUAACCACUUAGCAUAGUUUAGAUAGAUGUUUUACAAGAAAAACAGAAAAAAACGAAAAUCAA